AAUUUUUUUACAUUAAUUUCUAUUUUAAUUAAGUUUAAAUAGAAAAAAAAAAAAUGGCAAAAAGAACGAAGAAGGUGGGAAUUACUGGUAAAUAUGGUACUCGUUACGGUGCAUCUUUACGUAAAACCGUUAAAAAAAUGGAAAUUACACAACAUGCAAAAUAUACGUGUACUUUUUGCGGAAAGGAAUCCAUGAAAAGAACUUGCGUCGGUAUAUGGUCUUGCAAAAGGUGUAAAAGAACCGUUGCUGGUGGUGCUUGGGUAUAUAGUACCACAGCUGCAGCAUCAGUAAGAUCGGCUAUAAGACGUUUGAGAGACGUUAAAGAACAAUAAAUAAUUUCUUUUUUUA